AGUCCAGAGUCUUGAAAGUCAUUGCUACAAUGACUCGUUGUACAGGCGUAUUGCCUAGAGGUUAGCAACAUCUGCUUGGUUUUGUUGGCUAACAUGACCCUCUGAGUGAGUCAAGUGCGCUGGUAAUUCAGAAUACUGAAGUUUUCGCAGGAUAAUAUUGUUAGUUUCAAUUUACCGCAGUCUCACCACGUGUGGCUAAUAUAUAAAAUGUUGUCCAUAUGUAAGGAAGUUGAGAGACAAACAUUCAAAGACUUAAGGAGCUGUGAAGCAAGAUGACACUUUAAUUCCAAUCAUCUUUAGACUUUCAAUUGUCUGUACAUCCUACCCUACUGACUCAGCUCAGAGAUGCUAUUUUACAUUUUACAUACGACUCUACGAACAUAAGUCAUUGCCCUGUAACAUAUUUACAUUAAAUGUACAUGUAUGGCAUAUGUAACAAAAGAACACAGCACAAGAUUUUUGGCUUUUUUUUCCACUGGACACUUGGUUCUGUUUCCACAACAAUAAGGUAAUCUGGUGGAAUAAAAAAGGAUGAAUAACUUUGACAUAAGAAAGACAUCCUAAUGUUGUAAUGUUACGGCAUAUGAUUCUUGCCUUAUACAUGUACCACAUUCCCACAUGUGUAGCUUCUCAGUAUGUAAUCUUUCCUAUCUCUUACUAUUACUGUACAAUAUUACUAGUAGCCAUUUCCAAUCGUCAUCAUAGUCAGCCAGUCCUGUCAAAGAUUUGUUUCACAAAGCAAACCCAGGCAUGAAGGUUUAGUAUGGUCAAGGUGCACUAUGACAAAGUAAUUAAUACUAAUAAUAGAACUUCUAUACAAAGUGGGCUGUUUAUGACAUGUCUCUACUUUCAAUGCUUUCCUGUAGCCGGGCCUGACAUGAAGUUUUGUGGCUCGACGCCGUACAACUGGACCAGUGGGGAGCUGGACUGCUGUGGGGAUGAGGUCUACAACAGGAGGCAGUCGUGGUGCUGUCGGGACGGUUACCGGUCAGUCAAGCACCCGCGCAAGGAAGGGUUCUUCUGUUGUGGUACCGAGUACAUUGACGGUACCACUGACAGCUGCUGUACCACCAUUUACCACCACAAGCACCCCAAAUCUUACAAGUUCAAGAACUUCAUGUGCUGUGCCACUCAACAUCACACCCAAGUAUCAAAAUGGAUGACACCAGAGGACAUAGCAGAGAGAAUGUGCUGCGGACUUAAUAUCAUGUACAAGAAGGAAGAGAGAGAUCCUUAUACCACAUGCUGUAACGACGAGGUUGUCAAACGGACGGUGGGCCAGGGCUGCUGUGCAGACCGUGGACUGUUCGACAACUCGACCCACAUGUGCUGCGAGGGUAAGGAAACGGUGAAGCGGAGCGAAUGCUGCCAGGGGCAAGUCCAUUCGCCGGAGGAGGGGAGGACAGCUUGCUGUAAAGGGAAGGCGUACAACCCAGACACCCACACGUGCUGCCAGGAUACAGUUGUGACAGGAACUGGUCAGUGUUGUGGUAAGACUGUGAUGGACCCCAACACGGAUUCCUGUUGCCUAGAUACAGUUGAACAGGAUGCCAGCGUGCCACAGACCAGCCCCCAUCAUGGAUGCUGUGGCCUCAGCUCCAUGAACAACCAAACCCACACGUGCUGUGCCGGGACAGCUGUGCCGAGGGAAGUGGGAAAGGCCUGCUGUGGGAAAACCACCUACAACCUGACAUCCGAGCUGUGCUGUGGACCGAACCACGACGUGAUCCAGACUAAAGUCACUGACAAGAUGCAGUGCUGUGGGGCGGGGACGUUUGAAUCUGGUGAGGAGAACUGUUGUGUGGGGAGGAGGAACAGCAUCCGGAUCCCUGCAGGGAGGGAGUGCUGCAGGACAGAGGACGGGGAGUACCGGGGCUACGACCCAGGGAACGCCACCUGCUGUGGGAGCCAGGUUCAUGAUGGUGUCCCAAAGAGCAAGAACAUGUGCUGUGGAGGAACUAUGCGGACAGACCAACAGCUCUGCUGCGAAGACAACAGGAAGAACUACAAGGUCCUUACAAAGAAGGGGCAGGAAGACAAGUGCUGUCUGAAUCACGACACCAAUGACAUCUCAUUGUACAACAGCAAAGACAUGGUCUGCCAGCAUGGCAAGCUGUCCUACAAACACCCGGGAUGGGUGCCGUGUGGAGGCAAGGACUACGACCCCCGUGUGACGCUCUGCUGUUCUGGAGUUCCUCGCUCCAAGGGGGACAACUCAGACAGAAAGUGCUGUGGGUACAGCACCCAUGCAUACUCCCCAUCCUUCCAGUCCUGUUGCAGUGGACGGAUCAAAGACGAUCCUGAACAGAUCUGGGGGUGCUGCAAAGGUGUGUUCUAUCACAAGAACACCCACGACUGCUCAGGACCAGAUGAUCAUGGCGAGCGGCUGGUUUUGUAUGCCGGAGAAGUCCCAACGUCUCCAGCUGCACCUGCCGUCCCAACGUCUCCAGCUGAAGAGACGAUCACCUGUGCAGGUGUGACGUACGGCAGGUGGAGCGAUGACGGCCGAGAGAGAAGGUGCUGCAGUAAGAGGAGGUUUGUUGCAGCGUACUUUCCACACAACCAGACCUGCUGUGGUGACAAGGUGUUUGACCUGCCUGAUGACACAGCCAGGUGUUGCCGAGGGGUUGCCUACGACAACACCACACAUUGCUGCGUCAACCAGAAAGUAACCAACUGCACAGACCAGCCCCCUCCUGCCACCCCUACACACACCAGGGAACAGUUCUCCUGCAGUGGGUACAAGCACGACCGUUAUGAUGAGCAGGGUAACGAGAGAGUGUGCUGUCCACGUGGCACCAACAGUUAUAGUCCUGCUACACAGAAAUGCUGUGGCAACAGAGUGGCAGACAUCCCUAGUUCCAGGGCUGGGUGCUGCAAUAGGGUGCCAUACAGUAAGGACAAGCACAGAUGCUUUCAGAGAAGACGACUGAUUCUCCUGCCUCAGCCAACUUCACCUCCAACUGAAACGGUGCAGAAGACUUCUCCCCAACAGCCAGAAGAAGGCAAGAGCUCCACCCCUGGCUCUACCACACUUCCCUCCACACCUACCACAACACCAACCACCAACCCGUCCACCCCCACCCCAUCAUGGGUACCCAACUACCACGAGUGCGGUGGUAAAGAGUACGAUCCAACCACUUACAUCUGCUACAAGAACAAGAAAUACUCAAAAGACGAGAAUGAUAUCUGCCAAGGAAAGCUGAUCUUCACCAGGAAGAAGAAGUGCUGUGCCGGACGCAUAAGGAAGCUCUGGAAGAAGAAAACAGAAUGCUGCGGCAAACGGCUGGUGAACCCAGAGAGGAUGGACUGUGUUGACAACAAAGCUGUCCUGAGGACAGGAAAACCUGUCAAGAGAACGGAAUCGUGUGGAGAGUGUGGAAUCAAAUUCAAGCGAAGACUGGAUUGGAAAUUCCCCGAAUGCUCCAAGGCAAACAUAUUCUCAGCGAAAGUUGAGAUGGAGUUUCCUCCUCUGAACACCAACAUGACAACCUUCAUCCUCACCAACAUUGACGACGGAACAGCAAGAACCAAGAGACAAAGCAACACAAACAACAAGCCACUUCAAAGCUACAUGUACCUAACUAUGCAGGUUCAUCGGUGCCAGUGCCCCACUUUUCGCAUAGGCAAGACCUACCUGUUUCUGACAGACUCAGAUGUUGCCAGUAGCGGUGAAUUCACUUACGAUCCAGUCAAGUUUGUGGUGACAAGGUUUGAUUUCAAAAGGAUGUUUAUUAUCAAGAAGUUAUACAAAAGGGGAAAGUGUUCGCAGUAUGGUAAGGCUUACCACCCCACUGUUUGAGUCACGAAAAUAACAGAAACAAAAUAAGUCUGUAUUUUUUUGAGACAUGCAAAGGUUUGAUAUAACCAUGAUGGAUUUCGACGAUGGUUUAGUAAUUAUAAGAAUAUUUGGGCGAAACAAAAAUCAUGUCAAGCUUGAAAUCCUCACUGCUUAUAUUUUGGCAUUCCCAAGUGCGUGUGACCCUAACUAAUUAAUGUAUUUAUGUUUGUUGGCAACCAACAUGAAGAAAAAAACUAUUUGUAGUUUGAAUCAAGAACGCUUUCCCUUUUUGUGUAACUCUCUGUGAGAGCGUGAGCCCAGAGAAUGGUGCUUGUGUAAUUGUAAAUGGGCCGUUAUGUCCUGUCAAUGUGUUGUUUUACUGAAUUUUUGCUAAAACUAAAAGGAGCUGUAUAAUUAUUACCAGCGGUGUGCUACACACAUGUCUGACAAAUGCUAUGCUGGUAAUUUUGGUGUAUUUUUAAAAAACAGAUUUUAGCUAAACUAUGCUUCCAUCAGUUAUAUGGUGUGAUCAUGAUUAAUUUUGUUUCAUUAUGGAUUUAUAUGGAUAUACAUGACUUGUUUUAUGAUAAGAAGUGGAAAAUUUUGUGGGACUGCAAUUUAAAUGUAUGGCAGCUAUUAUGGGGUGAAUUUUUGGAACAACUAUUCUGUAUAUGUAAAUAACACUAGCUUAUAAGCAUAACAAAAGAUGGAAGCAUUAUCACUGUGUGUAUUAUGGAGCUGUAUAUAUCAUUAUGCAACUAGAAAGUUUGGCUUGAUAGCUUUCAUUUUGUUUUAGCUGGAAUGAAUGAUUAACCUAAUAGUAUUAUAUAGCUAGAUGCUAGAGCCUCAUACCUUGUAUAGACAUUAGUAGUCAGUCUAGUACAGACACUGCAUAUAUAUAUUAACCGUUUGACAGAAUUAUGUCAUUAAAAAUUUAUAAUUGUCAUUAAAAAUUUAUAAUUAUUUGUUUCCAAACUGACAAACUGCUGCCAAUUCUUGAAACAACAGAAAUAUAUGCCAUGUAUCAGUGUUUUUAAUAAGUUUUUAAUAUAGUGAACAAUAAUUUGUAUACCGGUAAUUAUUAUACUCGUAUUGUUAACUGGCCAAUAUUUGCCAUUUCAAUCUUUCUUCAAUUGUACUUUGUUGAAUUGUUAGUUAAACAGGGUGUUAUUAAUUUGAAGUGCAUAUCAAUAACUACUGCUUCUGGCAGCUACUAUUGUGCACUAUUUUGGUGGAGUGAAAUAAAAAAAUCCUUAAAAUG